CAGCCGAGAGCGGCGCUUUGCCCAUCGGCCAAGCGGUCCGGUGCCCGGGUGGCGGUUUACUCGACCCUCGGAUGCCAUGCUGCGUCUCUGCGUAGCUCUGUGUGCAGGGCACGCCGUAGGCACAAGCUGCCGGGCCGUGGAGCUGGAUGUGGAGUCCGUGCAGUUGAACCUCCUCCAGGCAGCGGCAGCGAGGGGGCGGCCGCUGCGCGAGGUCCCAACACCAUCUGUGGUGGGGAGGACGGCAAAUGUGGGCCUAGUGGCGAUCAUGGAGAAGGCCAACGCCGGGGAGUGGAGCUUGUACAAGGAGGUGGUUCAGGAGAACGCCGGAGGCGGUGCCUUGCAGGCAGUGCUAUUCGCUGGAAUUUUCUUAGUGUCCGUCUUCGGUCUGUACUGGAUGGCCUACGGCUACGGCGACGACAAGCAUGAUGGCCGGGCGCGGCUCUUUGAAAGCAAGCCGCCUGCGGGAGGGCUGCUGUCGGGCAGGCAGAUGUACCCGGCCAUGAGCCAGCGGCCCACCCUGGACCCGGGCUCCAUGCGCUCUUUGGCGCCCAGCAGCUCCAUGAUGCGGCCCCGGCGCUCAUCAGGAGACAACUGGUACCCCGAGCUGCCGACCAUCUACCCGCCUUUGGUGAUCCCGGCGGCGCACACGCGGCUGGCGGUGCCGGUGGCGCCCUUGGUGCACGACCAGUUCGAGGUGGACGUGCUGGGCCUUUCAGGCGUGCCGCUGUUGACGGCCGCCUUGGUGCAGGAAAACGGACUGCGCAAGGUGCAGAUCUCCCUCCACUCCGCUGGUACCCUGCUGGCCAUCGUCACCAACGCGAAGGAAGUCUACGGCAGCGAUGGAACACAUUUUGGCACCCUGGUCAAGGACGAGCCCAACAGCCUGCAGCAGACGCUCCGCGACCGCGCUGGGCGGCCCUUGCUGGCCGUGAGCACGCGUCAGGACCAUAGGGACUAUAAGAUGACGUCCAUUUCGGGAGGCCGUGUCGUUGAAAGAGCCACUGCAGUGUGGCGGCCCAAGGGCAAGCUGCCAGCUGACCACUACGAGGUGGUGGCGAAUCCCAAUGUGGAUGCCGUCUUGGUGCUGGCCUGUUUCCUCGCCGCCAUCGUCUUCAAGCCUUCCCCUCAGUCGCCGGCCGGCAGUGCAGGUCCCGCCGCUAUGCCGCGGCCCACGGACGCCAACCUCACUGGCCGCUACUGGGGUUACAGAGAGGACUGAGCCGGCCACGUUCUUUUUCCGUGACCAUUCAGCAGAAGUGGGCUAGGGCUUCCGCACA